CCAUUAGGAGGAGGUGAAACUGGCGCGAGCUCCCUAAUUCACUGGAACAGCAACCUGACAGACAAAUAUCACUAACGCCCAUUAAGAGGCAAUAGGAAAUGAAUCGAGUCGUGAAAUUAGUUGCCUCUCCAUCCCACUGAGAGAAGAGACCUCCCUGCUACACCAGCAGCCCCUCUGUCGCACUUUGGGAUUUAUCCGCAUUUUCUCUCAUCCCCCCGGCUUUGUUCUGCGUUUAGAUACAUUAUCUCCCUUCGCUUCGUCGAAAUGGCUACGCGAAUUGACAAAGAGGCUUGCAGAGAAGCAUACAAUCUGGUGCGAGACGACAGCUCAGAUAUAUGCUGGGCAUCUUUUAAGUAUGAUGGCUCUACCAUUGUACCGGCUGGUCACGGAUCCGACUACGAAGAAUUCAAGAGUCAGUGUACAGAUGACAACCGUCUCUUCGGGUUUGUAAGGAUCACAACGGGUGAUGCCAUGAGCAAGCGUGCCAAAUUCACCCUCAUCACCUGGAUUGGCGAAAACAUCAGCGGACUGCAAAGAGCCAAGAUUAGCACUGACAAGACACUGGUAAAAGACAUUGUGCAGAACUUUGCCAAGGAGUUCAUGAUAAGUGAUCCUAGAGAGCUGGAGGAGGAUUAUCUCCGCAAUGAGCUGAAAAAGGCCGGCGGGGCCAACUACGACGCCCAGGCCGAAUAGAACUUGGGGGCGGGUUCCAUAGGGUUGGUGGAGAAGGAAGAGGAAAACGUCAUCUCAUACACGCGCACACACAGACAUACACAUACACACAGACAAACAUAAAUAUACAUACCUCACCCCUCUUGCCAGUCUGGCCAUGGUUGAUGUAUCUAUCUACUGUACUGUGCAUCAUCUCAAAGUCAUCUCUACUAGUGCUAUGAGGUUCUCUUUUUCUUCAGGGGCAUUUUUGUAACUGUAUAAUCAAUGGAGAGCAUACAAGUCCAGCAUUGUUUUCUAAGGGGUUUAUUAUAAAUCUUCAUCUCCCUGCUGAAUACAGACCACUGUGUUUACUGUCUCAAUCUCCCAUGGAGAGGAAGACAUCAUGGAAUGUGUGCAUUUGUGUAUGUGUGUGUUUGCAGACACUGCACUGUGACUGGUUUACUUGCAUGCAGGGGGUGGAGUCUUAAAGGAUCUCGUAGCUCUGAUUGGCUGUUUCGCACUCUCCACCCGACCAAGGAGCAGCCAUUUCUCUAGUGUAGCCUUCAUUCUGGUUUAAAUUAAAAUACCCAAGAAUGUCAUUUUUCUUUUUUUAUUAAAAAGUAGGUUUGAUUUGCUUUAAAAACACAACCUGUGGUUCUUCCUUUAAAAUAAAAAUGCCUCCCGAGCCAAGAAAAGAAAUAAGAUGGUCACAAAAGUAAUCACGUCAGAAUAAAAUUGUUGGUUUUUCAAGA